CGGCUACAGCAACCUAAAAAAUAAAGCCGCCGCCAGUCAUGGCUGCGGAAACGUGGUGGAUUAUCGGCGUGUUGGUCGAUAUUUCACAAAAACAAAGUUCAUUGUUACAGUACAGUAUUUUUUACGCACUUGAGUAAAGUUUAUUGUUAUUUAUGUAGGUAUAGUUGCUUUUUAUUUGCGCUAAGAUCGUAAACAGCUGUUUCUGUAACGUAGUUUUCGUGUCGAUUAUGUUGACAGUUCAUUGGAAAAGCAGGGACAUUAGUUAAUGAUCUAGAGCAGGAUAAAAACAAUAAGUGACUUGCGAUGGGGCGGAAGAAGCAACAAGGAAAAGCCGAGCGAUCGUCAGCUCGUGGGAAAGACACCCGUCACAGGAUGAAGGGGAAAUCGCUGGAGAGCUUCACUGAAGAAAUGCACGCCGCCCUGCAAGCGAAUGUAGAGGCAGUGGGUGAUGAAGCAGCCCUGGUGAAGUUACCCUGCCCCCUGGCCAUGUGGGACCUGGGGCACUGUGACCCCAAUAAAUGCACGGGCAGGAAGCUGGUGCGCAAGGGCCUAGUGCGCAAUCUGAGGCUCAACCAAAGAUUUAAUGGUCUCAUCCUCAGCCCUAUGGGAACUAAAUAUGUCUCUCCUCUGGACAGAGACAUUGUGGCUAACAGUGGGGUGGCUGUCAUCGAUUGCUCCUGGGCCAAACUGGAGGAGACACCCUUCGGCAAAAUGAGAGGGAGCCAUCCUCGCUUGCUGCCAUACCUGGUGGCAGCGAACCCAGUAAACUAUGGCAAGCCGUGCAAGCUCUCAUGCGUGGAGGCCUUUGCUGCCACCUUCUGCAUUGUGGGAUUCCGAGACCUGGCUGUGAUCCUGCUGAGGAAGUUUAAAUGGGGGAAGGUGUUUCUGGACCUGAACUGCACCCUGCUGGAGAAGUACGCAGCCUGUCAGUCUGAGGAGGAGCUGCUGGCUGUGGAGAAGGACUUCCUCACCAGCAAACCGGAGGAGGAGGAGAUAGAUCCAUUUGAUGUUGAAUCUGGGAGACAGUGUUCGAAUCUCAACAGACCCAGUUGGGGUACUCAGGAAGAAGAAGAAAAUGAAAGUGACAGCGAGGAAGAAGAAGAAGAGGAAGAGAAGGAGGAAGAGGAGGACACCGAAGAGAGUGAGGAUGAGGAAAAGGGGGACGCCGAAGAGAGUGAGGAAGAGGACAGGGGCAAGAUGUGUGCCAGUGCAUCUGCUCCCAGUGCAAAUGACAUUUGGAAGGGGGCAAAGAAAAGAAUUCGGAACUAAGGGCUUCUGCCCUGCAUUUAUUGUUUGGAUAUAUAUGAGACUUGACCUUGGGUUACAUUGUGGUUCAUUUCUGCUAAGGGUUAUCUGAGACCCUGCUUGUACAAUAUUUCAUUUAAUAAUUUAAUAAAGUUUAUUCUCCA